AGUAUAUAAGAGCAAAAAAAUUACAUCGAUCCGUUUGUCCGUUGCGGUGUGAUUGAAGGACGAACUAACAAACAAACACACAUACUUUCCUAUUUAAAUAUUAUAAUCUAUUAAUAGGCGAUGGAUCGACUUUACAAUUUUUUCCACUUGAGGGUAGAACGGAAUUAAAUGUCAAUAUGGCCGACCAAAACGUUGGACUUUGAAACUAGGCCUGAGGCAUAAAGUCAACGGGUCUUAAUAGAGCAAAUCGUAUCGUAUUAUAAACAAAUACCCUGCCUACCGAUAACCCAGAUACUGGAUCAAUACAAAGGUUAACUUUAAACAAACGUUCGUAAAUAUUUCCGACUAAAUUGUACUUGGUUGACGCAUAAUUGAAACGUCCGGUAGGACCUUGCGAAUCAGUACCAAAGUUAUUUAGCAAAGCAAUGACGUAACGCGCAUGCGAUAUCGGUCUCGCAGACACACAUAAUAGGGGCCCAGUAACAUUCCAACCUCUAUACUAAUCAGUAUUUGAUGAUACAACAACUGGACUGGAAGAAUAAAUUUAAAAACUGGAAAACUGGUUUGAAGAAAACAGCUAAGUACGCAAACUUCCUUCACCUAACACACGGUAUAAGAAAUCUUUGUUUAAUUUUUUUUUUGUUUCUAACAUAAAUACACAAAUAAACAGUUAGUUAACGUGGUUCUGUAUCUGUAAACAGUCAGGACUAACGGUAUAUACGGACGCUGAAGAGAAAGCGUAGAGGAUUCCAUUCGAGUGAAAGCCGCCAGUGUGCAAGUCGCUUCGUAUCGCAGCAUAACCUUAAAGUUAUAAUGUUCGUGAUAACGUCCGUCGCGAUAACAAUAACUGUUGCUACGGCUAUAUACUGGUACGUAAAUAGACAUAAACCGGUCAAACACAUACUCAGUGAAGCAAGAUGUUUUUUGGAUAUGCAAGGAGCGGGCGCAGGUGGACUUAUCGACGAUUGGAUAAGCGUAUGGUGGAAUAAAAUAGAGUUGCCAGACGCGAAAAAUAAAAUCGCCGUAAUAACCGGUGGAGCGAGAGGUAUUGGCACUGAAGUUGUACGAGGCCUCUUGCAAUCCAACAUGACAGUUAUUAUGGGAGUACGCAAUCCAGAUUCGGUAAAACCACUAGUGGAGUCAAUGAAAAAUGGAGAAAAAAUUCACGCAUACAAAUUAGAUUUGGAAUCUUUGAAAUCGGUUAAGGAUUUCGCCAAUAAUGUAUUGAAAACAUUCCCAGAAAUUGAUAUAUUGAUUAACAAUGCGGGGAUCAUGUUUGGAGAUUACAAACUUACAGAAGACGGGUUCGAAAGUCAGUUAGCAGUCAACUAUUUGGGUCACUUCUAUUUGACACAUUUAUUGUUGCCAGCGUUGAAAAAAGGUGGCAAAGUUGAUCCAGCGAGGGUUGUGAAUGUAACAUCAUGCGGGCACUAUCCAGGGACAAUAAACUUUGACGAUAUCAAUAUGAAGGAACAUUAUGAUACCACGGCUGCAUAUGCACAAUCUAAAUUGGCACAGAUAAUGACAGCAAGGUACCUCAACAGGCUUCUAGAGCAAAACAACUGCCCAGUUAAAUGCUACUCCGUCCACCCAGGAAUCGUGGAUACAGAUCUAUUUGAGAAAUCCAACUUCUCGAAAUUCCCUUGGAUUAAAAAGCUAUUUUUCAAAACGCCAGAAAAAGGAGCAAUUUCGGUACUUUAUGCUUGUUUUAACAAUGAGAUUCUGAAAAAAGGAGGUCUCUACAUAGCCAACUGUAAAGCGGGCAUCAGUAAUAGGUUUUCUAAGAAUGAAAAACAUCAAGAGAAUCUGUUUAAGUUGUCUUGCGAAUUGGUCGGCAUUGAAGUAGAGAAUUAUGGAAUGUAGGGAGUUUUUUAGUCUUCAAGGCAGAUUUACACCAAAUAAGGGUCAUCCCCAAACUCAAAGGCCAAUUUUGGCUAGCAUGCUCAAAUGUUGCUUAUUUUGAAUUUUGUGCUAUUUUAAUAAAACAUAACUUAAUUAAUUUUAUAAAAUGUAUACUUUUAUAGAUAGCAAAGUUAUUUAUUGAAUAAAUUUUAUACACUGUCA